AUGUUCUCCAAGGUUGCUAUCCUCGCCGCUGCCUCCAUGGCUGUCUUUGUCGCCGCUGCCCCCACCGGCAGCUCUGGCGACAUCCAGGAUUCUUGCAACACCGGCGCUGUUCAGUGCUGCAACCAAAGCUUCUCCUCCGAUUCUUCUGAGGCCAACUUGUUGCGCACCCUCCUCGGUGUUGUAUUGGGCCCCGUCACUGGCCAGAUUGGUCUCCAGUGCACUCCCUUGUCUGUCCUUGCCGUUUCUGGGAACUCUUGCUCUUCGCAACCCGUUUGCUGCACUGACAACACCUUCAACGGCCUCAUCAACGUUGGCUGCACACCCAUCAACGUUAACCUCUAA